AUGACCACCACCUCAGCUCUUGCCGCAGCCAUUUUUGCUUGGAACCAGAGGGAACCCGUGAGGGGUUUCUCUCCUUUUCAGCACGCCCUAGGUCAGGCACCAGACCUUGAUGGUAGGUUUUUCGAAACGCCGGUGGGCGGACUUCCAGUAGGAGCAAUGGAAAACCCCGAAGGGGAACUGGCACAACGACAAAACCUUAGGCUACAAGCUGAGGAGAAAUUUGUCCGCUGGCAGGCUAAAGAUCGAGUGGAUAGGGCCCUGAAUUCCAAAGGCAGAAAGCUUCCGGAGUUUUUUCCGGGAGAUUUGGUCUUUUUCUGGCGCAGCUGCAUCAAAAAGAACCAAGACGGCACCCGCAUUCAGACCGGUACAGUCGGUGGCUAUGCUGGACCAGCCCGGAUUUUAGCCUUGGAGACCCGGCAUGAUGAUGAUGGUAAACUGAAGGGGAGUUCAGUGGUGUGGUUAGUUCGCAACAACCGACUGCUGAAGGCAUCCAUUCAACAACUGCGGAGAGCCUCCCAAAGAGAGACUGUGAUGCAUGAGCUUGAGCGACCACCAGAAUUGCCGUGGACCAUGACUGAACUAGCCAAACCACUGGGACGAGAGGAGUUUGAUGACAUAUCCCAUGAGGCCAUGCCGGCCCAUGUCGAGGAUGAGACACCUCGCUACUGGGUUGAACCUCCUGCCAAGAGAUUGAGGAAAAAGACGGCGGACUCUGUUUUUCGGCCACAAGCUUCAGAAGCCGCUUCAUCGUCAGCGGGCCCAGUCCGCAGGGAACCACAACAACAUCGAACAGAUCCAUACCCAUCUCUUCUUGCUGAACAGGAACAACAUACUGCUUACUGGGCAGAUGAAACGGCUGCCAUCUCCAUAGAACUGGCACUGCCUCAAUCUCGAAAUGGAUGGAAACAAAUGGCGAAAGAUCCACAAGCUUAUCUGGCCUCUAUGAUGAAGAGAAAGGCUGUGGAGGUGCAUGAGCGUCACAUGGAUGAGGACACAAAAUCAAAGUUUCGCGAAGCAAAACAGACUGAAAUGAACAAGUUUUUGAAGUCCGAGGCUAUUGAAGCCUUACCACCUCAUUUGCAACCCUCCAGGCAACAAGCCAUGCAAAUGCGAUGGCUGCUCACCUGGAAGGUAGAUGGGGACGGAAAAACCGUCCCAAAGGCACGAAUAGUGAUUUUGGGUUACCAAGACCCGGCAUAUGAACAUAGGGUUACGUAUGCACCAACCACCACGCGGCAUACCAGGCAAACAAUGCUGCAGUUUGCGGCCAGCCAGGGCUGGUGGGCAUGGAAGGGAGAUGUUGCCGCUGCGUUUUUGCAGGGUCGGGCUGCAGAGGCUCGAGCUAUAGUGGAUGCUGAGGACAUCCUGUACCUCAUUCGAUAUCAGUGGGCCGAACUGUUAGGGUACUCACCGUGUUUGCGAGACCCCGAUGCCAUGGUGGCCAAGGUGAAGGGCACCCUCAUCACUGAUAGCCGCAGUGUCUAUGACAAAUUGCAGAGACCCUACAUCUCACCCACCGGAGAGUCGAAGAGGAUUGACAUUGAGCUACUAGCUGUGAAGGAGUCAGAGAUGUACACACAGCUGCAAGUUCGAUGGGUGAACUCAGAGGCCAUGCUUGCAAAUAGCCUGACCAAGAGAGGAGAGGAUCACCAGAUGCAGCGCUACGUGGCAUGUCGCCAGGUGUGGCGUGUGGUUGAAGAUCCCGAGAUGUUCUCGGGAAAGAAACUCAAACAGCAGAAAAGAGACUUGUUAGACAUUGAAAAGGCUGCGGGGAAUCCAAAAGAUUCGGAAGUGACAACGCAUCUCCCGCAGCUCAUGAAGCCCUCUAGGCAGGGCAUCCACCAGAAAGUGAAGCUGAGUGCUGAGUGUCCUGUGCGAAAGAGGCCUUCCUUCUUCUCCAGUGCCAAGGUGGGCCAUGGCCAUCCAAGCCGUUUCGACCUGGAUGAUGUGUGGGUAUUUCAGAUGGUGAAAGCCCCAGGGAACGAAGCCUUGGUGAUUCUUGGGACACUGAACCGGAAGCAGAACAUCACUGUUCCCAUGUUGAAACCCGCAUGUUAA